UCAUUCCCUGCCUGUGUGUUUGCUGUUGCAGCCCGUCGAUGGGAUUCCCCGGCUCCAUGAGUCAUGCCAAGGGCCCGGGCUCCUCGUUCGGCCGGGGCCCGCCCCUCAGCCACCCCCCUGGGCCCUGCCACCCUGCCUUCAGGCACCCGGCCACUCCUCGCCUGCUGCCACACAACAAGAACUGCCACCAGAUGAAGACGGAGCCCCUGGGCAGCGUGAAGGGAAUGGAGGACGGGUCUGAGUGUGACGUUCCCAGCCCCUCCUCUGCAGGCACACAGGACCCUCUGAUGGGACUCCUGGACGGGAGGGAUGACCUGGAGAAGGAGGACGGGAAGCAGGAGCCUGAAGUCAUUUACGAGACCAACUGUCACUGGGAGGGCUGCACCAAGGAGUUCGACACGCAGGAGCAGCUGGUGCAUCACAUCAACAACGAGCACAUCCAUGGGGAGAAGAAGGAGUUUGUGUGUCACUGGCAGGACUGCUCGCGGGAGCAGAGGCCCUUCAAGGCUCAGUACAUGCUGGUGGUGCACAUGAGGAGACACACCGGAGAGAAGCCGCACAAGUGUACUUUCGAGGGCUGUAACAAGGCGUACUCCCGGCUUGAGAACUUGAAGACCCACCUGCGAUCACACACAGGGGAGAAACCGUACGUAUGCGAGCACGAGGCCUGCAACAAGGCAUUCUCCAACGCCUCGGACCGAGCCAAGCACCAGAACCGCACCCACUCCAACGAGAAACCGUACGUGUGCAAAAUCCUUGGUUGCACCAAGCGCUACACUGACCCCAGCUCACUGAGGAAGCACGUCAAGACCGUGCACGGGCCUGAGGCUCACAUCACCAAGAAACACCGCGGAGACACGGGCCCCCGGCCCCUGGGAGCAGGGCUGCCCCCCUCUGGACAGGGCCAGGAACUGCACUUAGACAAGGAGGAGGGCAAGAGAGAGGACUGCAAACUGAUGGUGCCAGACAAUACACUAAAAUCUCAGCCCAGCCCUGGUGGCCAGUCCUCGUGCAGUAGCGAGCGUUCGCCACUGGGGAGCGCCAACAACAACGACAGUGGGGUGGAGAUGAACGCGAGGGGCAGCCUGGAAGACCUCUCCACCCUGGAGGACGCUCCCUGCGUGGAGUCAGCAGGUACAGCAGGCAUGUCCGCCCAGGCUCUUAAGCGGCUUGAGAACCUCAAGAUUGACAAGCUGAAGCAGAGCCGCAGGCCCACCCCACCCACUCGAACCGUCAAGCUGCCCGCCAUCCCAGGUAACCAGGGAGAGAUGCUGUCCAUGUGCGUCCCGUCUCCAAUGCUGUCUAAUCGGCGGGUGAGGGAGCUGUCCAACAAUGACCUUGUGUCCAUGAACCAACUGAACGAUCGACGGAACAGCAGCACGAGCAGUGUCAGCUCCGCCUACACGGUCAGCCGGCGGUCAUCUGUCGUCUCUCCCUACCUCUCCAGCCGCCGGUCCAGCGACGUGUCCCAGGUCAGCGGACACCCCCAAAACACAGGCGACCCCCUCUCUCCUGAGAGUAGUCGCAGGACGGGAGAGGCCAGGCAGUGUGGGGGAGGCCUGCCCGGUUUGGCUAACCUUACCCCAGCACAGCAGUACAGCUUGAAGGCUAAAUACGCGGCUGCCACUGGAGGUCCUCCCCCCACCCCCUUACCCAACGUGGAUCAGCCCGGGGCUGGCGCAAGGAUGGGUUUCAUGAACGACUACCAUGGUCAACCCAUGCCUCCGUUCCAGCACCACGGAAUCCAACGCAGGAACAGCGCCAACGAGUACAGCAGCUACGGGACGGGCAUCAUCCACCCUCACCAAGCGCCUGGGAACACCAUCCGGAGAGCCAGUGACCCGGUGAAGUCAGGGGUCGACCAGCAAGCAGUGGCCAAGGUCCAGCGUUUCAACAGCUUGACAAACAUGAGCAUGCCCCUUAUGGGAAGAAGAAACGCCACCACCUCCACACUGCAGCAUUUCGGAGGAUCGGAAGCCAACAUUGCUAGGCAUAUCUACUCCCCUCGACCCCCUAGCAUCACGGAGAAUGUCAUGCUGGAGGCUAUGGCCAGUAUGGAAAACCCCACUGCCACCCAGCCUAGGGAUCCCAACUUGAUGUUGCCCACCGAUGGUAUGGGCCAGUAUAUGGGUUACCACCAAGGAUCGAACUUGUCUCCUAAUCACGAGCCUUUGAAUUGCAGCGAGCAAGGCUACCAGGCAGCAGGGAUGCAUAAUCAGAGUUUGUAUCACAGCCAGCGUAUGGAUAUGGGCAACCAACAACAAGUUGGGCAAGUUGAGGCCAUGCACCAAGGAGGGAUGGCGAGCAACAUGAUUCAACAACCAGAGUAUGGCAUGAACCAAUGUCAGCUGAGCCCUCCCGGUCAACACUUCCCUAACAUCUUGCAGAUGAGUGCCAGCGAGAGCCUAGCAGGCCAGUGGGGAGAGCCUAGCCCAGGCAGCAUGGACCACUCACAUCAGAACCACCCACAUGAAAUGCCAAACAUGAUGCCAGGCAGGCAGUGUUCAGGUUCUGCCGUGCAACACCCGGGCCACCCAAGAUCAAGCAUGCCCAACAACAGCCACACCCAGCAGACCAUGUUCACCAACCAGAAAAUCAUGCACCAGCAGACCAUCAAGCCAGAGCAGCAGUUCCACCAGUCCUUGUCGACCUUGAACCCCUGUCAGAAUAUGAAGCAGCAGCAGCAGCAGCCCAUGGCACCUCGGCAGACUUUCGACCGGUCUUCUCAGAUGGUACGUCCAAGCGGUAUGAGCUGCGAGUUCCAAGGCCAGCUAGACACCCAGCAGGCUUCCUUCACCGUGGGCAUGACAACUGGCAUGCUUGGGUCUCCUGUGCAGGACGGGAGAAGGUCUCAGACCCCCAUGAUGCAGGUGAAGGAGAUGAUGGUUCGGAACUACGUGCAGUCCCAGCAAGCCCUGAUGUGGGAACAGCAGCAGAAAAACGAAAUGCCUCCGCCGGCAGCAGACAGCAUGGACAUUGGCAGCCAAGGCCAGAUCAUGCAGCACAGCCCCCAUUCCCAGCCUUUCAUGAGUCCCAGUUAUAUCAACUACCAGCAGCCAUCACAGCAGCAGGCUAACCCGAUGAGCCCAGUGUCUCACAGUGGAUCAGUGCAGUCGAAAGACAUGCUGAGCCCCAACAGCCAGUGCUACAGCCAUGACAUGGUUCCCAGGCCGCCACAAGGAAGGAAACCCAUAAGCCGACAGAACAGCAUGACCCACCAGCAAGGGUAUCUAGGCAGCCCCCCUCAAUUGAGCCCUGGCCAUGAGUCUUCCACCAGCCCUAGGAGAACUGUCCAGCUUCCUCAAGCGCAACCCCAUCAGGAACUGACCGCCAGCAACAACAGCACAAUAUACUAUUCCGGGCAGAUACAAAUGCAUCACCCGGAUAUAAGCAAGCAGCUCGUCAGGCAAAACUCCCAGCAGGGGAGCUGCGUGAACCAGCAAAUCAACCAAAUGAAGCCAGGAUCCUUGGCUUAUCCCGAGAUGGGGCAGAUGUCCAGCGCCCUUGAUAACUUGGAUCUGGAGAAUGCCCAGAUAGACUUUGCAGCCAUUCUAGAUGACGCAGACCACUCUGCCCUGAUGCCCUGUAGUCCCAAUGGCAUCCACAGCUCGUCCCACACGUCCUCCCGUCUCACCACGCCAAGGAACUCUGUCACUGCCCAGUCAGGGCUGUCCAACAUGGACAUGGCAUCCAUCAUGACUUCUCUAACUGGGGAAAACAAGUUUCUAAACACCAUGUCUUAGAAACGGGACAGCUUAUAACCCCUGUGACCUCAAACCAGAACUGCUUCAAAACGCAAAUAAAAAGUACUUUCCCUUGGGUCAGCAGCGUGAGAGCUGCAUGAAAGCUAGGAGAAGACAGAAGCUUGUUGAGCAGCCAAUGGGGACUUCAAUAUAAUAAGCAUAAUGAAGACUGUGUUGAAUAAAACAACUAAGCUUGUUUUCCCUUACAUAUGUUCUGUAACGGGUGUAUUAGCUGACAGAAGCAUUCAUCAAAUCCAAUUCCCUGGCAUUGCCAGUAUACUGGAGAGCUGGCUUACUCCUUACCACAAACCCGUAGCAAAGUGUGCACGCAUUUCAUGUAAAUAAAAUAUAUAAAUAUAUACAGUGUAUAUAUAUCUGGUGGACAAAUAUGGAGUUGCCAGUGCAGACAGUGGUAAGCGCAACCACGUAAGCCUGUAAGGUAGAACUAAGAAGGGUUUGGAAAGACGAACAAGAUGAUGAUCCGUUUGCCAUUCAGAAUGUAAUGAGGUUUAUGAAUAAGUGCCUCGUCCCGCUGAAUAUAAAUAGCCACGCACUUUUCCACAUUCUCAGAUCAUGCUAACCCUUCGCACACUUUGACAGCACAUAACCAAGAUUCACCAUUGCAGACUAUGGAACACGAAGACAAUAAAGUCUUUGCUUCAGCUAAAAGACUUUUAAGGAUCCACCCGUUCUGGAUCUCAUUUUAGAUCAUUUUGACCGACGCACCUUGGUCAAUUCAGUACAUAACAGGCAAUCCAAUAGAGCUCUAUAUAUAUGAGACGGCAAAUGCAGCACACGGACUUGAAAGGGACCAUUUACAGGAGAGGUGUUGCAUCACAGGCGGGUGUCUGAUCCAACUCCAAGUGCCUUUGCAUUCCACAAGGGCAUGCUGCAGGAUUUGUGCUACCUCAUUCACUACCUUUAACUACUAGGCAGGUACUUGAGCAAAAAAGUGCAGUCGUGGUGGGGGUAAAAAAGGGAGGACUGACAAGCAAACCUAUAUUGGCACGAUACAAGAAUUAAGCAUCAGCAUUAAAACAAAAAUACGGAAUAUUUCCGCAGCAACCCAUCUACAAACAAUUCUAACCGUAUCAAAUAAAGAUUGGACCAGAAUCUGUAGGUAAAAGGAACAUUUGUGUCAACAGAUACUGUUACAAGAGCAUUUCAGAUUGUGGGUCUCUGGUUUUGUACGUUUCAUUGUGUGCGUGUGUGUGUGAAACGUUUGAUGUCAGUACAUUGCAAGCCACGGCGACUGUGCUUCAGUGCGUUCCUACCUGCGUU